AUGGCUUACAUAGACGCAAAGCUUCCUCAGGAUUGCGGCCCUAUCGCCGGCCCUGUCCAGUUUUUUAACGACUUCUACAGGAUAUCUGACACCCCCGAAGCCCACACUGAAUAUUGCGACAUGUUUUCUCCCGAUGCCACCUUCAUUCUGGCUUCCAAGACCAUUGUCGGUAGUGAAGCUGAUCAUACCCCGGAAGCGAUACUCCGUACGAGGCAGCUCAUGUGGUCCAAUGUGGCAUCCCGUAAACAUUUCGUCCACAAGAUCUUCCCCUUUGGAUCGAUAUCUAAUGAGUUUAUGCUGUACGGAACUGUAAAAUAUACGACAAAGGCGGGAGACGAGUCAGAAAAGGAAUGGGCCGCCCGAGCACAAUUGACAGAAACAAACGGACAGUGGAAACAUCAGUUCUACCAAGUAUACUUGGACACCGGCGCAGCGGCUUAA